UUUGAGUUCUUCCCAUCGUGCAAUUUCUUCGCCCUUUCCGGUUAGACAAGACAUCAUGGUAUUUGAGCGGUUUGUAGAGAUCGGCCGUGUAGCUUACAUUGCUUUCGGCAAUGAUAAGGGCAAGUUGUGUGUAAUUGUAGAUGUCAUCGACCAAAACAGGGCACUUGUCGAUGGCCCUUGCAGUGGUGUGACUCGUCAAGACAUCAAUUUUAAGGCACUGCACUUGACAAAGCUCAAGAUAAACAUUGGUGCCUCUGCAAGAACAGGCACUGUACGCAAGGCAUGGGAAAAGGAAGACAUCUCUACUAAGUGGGAACAGACAACUUGGGCCAAGAAGCUGGCAGCCAGAAAAAGGAGAUCUGAGCUGACUGACUUUGAGAGGUUCAAGCUAAUGAAAGCUAAACAAGCUAGGAACCGUCUGAUAAAUGUGGAGUAUGGCAGGCUGCACAAAGCAGCUAGAAAGGCACCACCAAAGCCGAAGAAAAUGAAAACAGGAGCUAAGAAAUGAGGCUUUUGAGGACUGUGAAUAUCAGUGUCAAUAAAUUGUCAGUCCAUGUU